CGUCAUGGGAUUCUUGACUUCAGUGGUUGUUGUCCUUCUCCUCUGGACCGUGCACAAGGCACUGUGUAAGGGGGGUGUAACUGCGACACAGAUGAAAACCGCUAUACAAAGGACGCAGGAGUUGACGAGGAACUUAUCGAAGCAUAUGGAUGCAAUGUCGGGAAUGUUUGCGGAGAGUUUGAAAUUAAUGGACAGUGCUGAAACACGGAUGAGGGCGAGCCUGAGAGGAGGAGGAAGAGGAGGAGGAGACUAUGCGAAUAAGAUACCUGUAACAGGUUAUCAUGGUGGCGCAGUGUUCACACGCUGGGGAAGUGAUACUUGUCCAGAAGGAACGGAGCCUGCUUAUAGUGGAUUUACAGUUGGAGGUCACUCUGCGCAUAAAGGCUCGGGCACAAACAUGCUUUGUGCUCACUCGGAACCCCAGUUCACUCGGACGUUCGGCAGAACAACAGGCAAAUUCAACUACCUGUAUGGGGCAGAAUAUGAACAGAUAUGGAGGACAGACCUUACCAACGAAGAUGCGCCUUGCGCUGUCUGUGUGAGCAUCACACGGUCCACCGCCACGUUGGUUCCUGGAAGACACGAGUGUAUGGAAGGAUGGCACACAGAGUACUGGGGAUUCCUGGUUGGUCCAAAACACGCGGAUGCUGGGAAUGCUGACUACAUCUGCCUUGAUUCAGAACCAAAAGCAACAGAAGGAAGUUACCAGGACCAUGACGGUCGUUUGUUGUUCAACGUAGAGUACCAGUGUGGAGCUCUGCCGUGUCCGCCAUACAAGACUGGGUUCUUUGUUCCUUGUGCCUUAUGCACAAUUUAAUGGUCAUGUUAAAAUGUGGAAAUGUUCCACACCCAUACAUAUUUCAACACGUUGCCACAUUAUAUCUUAUUAAUUUAUGCGGUUGCAUUAGUAUUUCAUGGCUAACUGGCUGCAGUUUAUAAAGAAUACCAUAGGAUCCUUUCAUCGGAGCAUCGUGUUUCAGCAAUCUCUAAUAAAAGCAGUCAUUCUUCA